AUGUCAGAAUUAAAAGAGGACAAAUCGUACCGAUGGCUGAUGCGAGAACUGCAGAACACCCAAUUCCUCGUGCACCCAAAUAUUGUCCGCCUUGAAGACACGUUCUUCGAGCCGAAUGCAGACGGCACCGUCAAGUACACGUGGAUCGUCACCGAGCGCAUGGAGACCACGCUGCAGGCGUAUAUCAACCACAUCAACCGCCCGGAGAAGAUGGACAAACCGCGCGACCAUCGUCACGUCGCCGCCGUCAUGACGCAGAUUUUUAUGGCGCUGGACUUUUUGCACCAUCGGGGCGUCAUUCAUCGGGACCUAAACCCGAAAAACGUCGGCCUAAACCUGCAGACGUUCGACAUCAAGCUGCUCGAUUUCGGGUGUUCCGGUCUGACUGUAUCUGACGGAAGCAUGACGACGAAGGGGCGUGUCGGGACCCCGCAUCUCUACAGACCGCCCGAGCUGCUCGUUCCGAAUUGCACCUAUGACUCGAGAGUGGACGUGUGGGCGGUUGGGCUGAUCGCGCUGGAGAUGCUCGGGAAGAAGCUGUUCCUCCCCAGCAGUAUCCCGAAUCCAGAGGGCGUUGAGAAAGAUAAGCUGUUUUCGGCGUACGAAGCGGCGAUGCUGCAACGCGUUCUCGACGUGCUCGGGGUGCCGGAGGAUCGCUAUGAGGAAGUGCAAUCUACU